GGAAAGUCAAUAUGUAAGUCUGACCUAAACCCGAUAACUGAGCAUGCGUAUUACACGUGUAAUAAACUUCCGUUUUGCGGUGUUUUCAUUUUGAUCAUUAUUUUGAUAAUAAUUGUCUUCAAAAAUGAACUUGAUACAAGCGAUCACAGUGUUGCUGAUAAUAACACUAGUUUAUGGCGGGGAAGAUUUUUAUAAGCUGCUCGGAGUACAAAGAGGAGCUAGUGUGAAAGAAAUCAGGAAAGCAUUCAAGAAAAUUGCUGUAACAAUGCACCCAGAUAAAAACCCCGAUGAUCCUGAUGCCCAUGAUAAGUUCCUCAAGAUUAAUAGAGCUUAUGAAGUAUUGAAGGAUGAAGAUCUGAGGAAGAAGUAUGACAUGCACGGAGAAGAGGGUUUGUCCGAAGAUUUUGGACGAGGAAAAUACGAAAGCUGGAAGUUUUAUCAAGAGGAAUUUGGUAUAUAUGACGAUGACCCGGAAAUUAUCACGUUAACUCGGGCUGAUUUUGAAAUGUCAGUUGAGAGUACAGAUGAUGUGUGGUUUAUAAAUUACUACUCACCUCAUUGUUCCCACUGUCAUACAUUAGCCCCCACUUGGCGGGAAGUUGCUCGUGAGCUGGAGGGUGUUGUACGUAUUGGUGCUGUGAAUUGUGAGGAUGAGUGGCAGUUGUGCAGAAUGCAGGGAAUACGAUCCUACCCUUCUCUAAUGAUGUAUCCGGCUGUAGAGAAAUACUAUGGGGACAAGUCAAGGAAAGAGCUGGUAAAAUAUGCAUUGAAACAUACCCGGGUAUCUGUGACAGAAUUAUGGAAGGGUAACUACGAGGAUGUGGUGACACGAGGAGAUGAUGAUCUCCCUUGGUUGAUUACAUUUUGUAGUGAUGAUGGAGACUGCCUGACAAAAAGUACAGCACUUAAAGUAGCAGGAAUGUUGGAUGAGUUGGUUAAUGUAGCAACAAUGGAUUGUCAUGGAAACAAUGCUGAAUUAUGUGACUCUCUAGGACAUAACCAUGGAACAUAUUUUUAUCAAAAUGGAGAAGUAAAGAAAGGAGAUGGUUUGGAGAUAACCAGUCUGGUAGCACAAGAGAUAGCUAAUGAGAUUUUAUCACAGUUGCCUGAUGUAACCAUUCUAGAUCAACACAAGUUUAAUGAGAUCCAGAUAAAUUUAGAGAAGCACACAGAUUUACCAUGGCUGAUACAUUUUGUAGAAGGAAACGAGGGCAGGCAUUUAGAACUACGAAAAUUGCCAGCGAUGUUAAGUGACAUGAAUGUUGGUAGAAUAGACUGUGAGGUGAUGCGUGGAAUGUGUAAUGAGCUACAUAUAAACAAAUUCCCGAGUUUCCUUGUGUUUAAACAAUCUGGUGGUCAUGAGAUCUAUUACGGAAGAGUUACUGCCCAUGAUGUAGCAGCUUUCGCAAGAGAUGCCUCUGUGAUAAGAUUAGAAGCAUUGAGCCCGAAAGAUUUUGAUUCACAAAGAGUAGGACCCGCAAGUUCACAAGUCUGGUUUAUAGAUUUCUUUGCACCUUGGUGUCCACCUUGUAUGAGAUUGUUACCAGAGUUUAGAAAAGCUGCGAAGAAUUUUGGUCAGGUGGUGAAUUUUGGAACAGUUGACUGUACAAUACAUGCAGGACUCUGUAGAAAUUAUAAUGUGAGAUCAUACCCUACAACAAUAUUAUAUAACCAGUCUGUUCCACAUCAUUACCAUGGCAAAACCAUAAAUGAACACGCCCCUCGUCGAGUUUUACAGUUUCAGAAUAUAGAAGGUACUGCUAAGGCAGGGAAGGUAGAUUGUACUCAGGAAAGACAACUCUGUCAUCAGGCCAGUGUUAAUUCAUAUCCAACUGUUAGAUUUUAUACUGGAUCUAGCAAUGGUAAUCCCCAGAAUGCAUAUGGUUGGGAUAUUGUAAGCCAAAAUGCUGAAGAAAUAACUAAUUUUGUUAAACAAAAUACACCAAAGAGAAAACAAGUGAAAUAUAAUAAAGAUCAUGAUGAAUUGUGAUACAACAUCUGUGUUAUAUGAUAGUCUACCAUACAUUAUACCAUGCCUUGACAUUAAAUAAAUUAUUUGUUUAACAUUGUUAUAUAAUAUGUUCUACCAUAUAGUGUUAUAUGAUAUGCUACCAUAUAGUGUUAUAUGAUAUGCU